AUGUCAUCCCUGGCUUUGAUAUUCGCUAUUUCGCUCAGCCUGGAAUUCUCUGGAGGCACCAUCAGACCAGUGGUUUCUCUCUGGCCAAACUGGGUCCCAGUCUACUAUGGAGACUCUGUGACUCUGAUCUGUAAUGUGCCUCUAUUGGCCGAGGGGAACCAAAGGUUUACAUGGUACCGGGACAAUGAUGAACUGAGGAAACAUGAGCAGAACCUCACUAUCCCAUCAGCGCAUCGGAGUGACCGUGGGAAUUACCAGUGCCGGACAGAUACCAGUGAUAAAAGUGACGCCCUGAGACUGGAAGUGAAUGAUGAUUUGGUUAUACUACAGGCUCCUCCUACUGUUCGGCUAGGGGAUUCGUUGACCAUUAGAUGCCACGGUUCGAAUCUUUAUAAAGACGAUGGCACUGUGUUUUACAAGGAUGAUAUUUUAAUCCAAUCACCAGUCCAUAAAUCGGUUUUAAAUGUGGGAGAGGCAGAUAAGAACAAGACUGGCAUUUACAAAUGUUCUAAAUUACAUGGGCGUUCCUCUUUGGAAUUCAGUAAAGAACAAUUUAUUUAUGUUGAAGAGCUGUUCAGUCCCCCACAAAUAAAAGUGAGCCCAGAUCAGGUGACAGAAGGAGAUCACAUGACCAUAACAUGUGGCACAAAGCUCCGCCCACACAGAGAGACUACAGAGCUGCAGUUUGCUUUCUACAGAAAUGGGCACAAUGUGCAGGGAUUCAGUUUAUCCAACCAAUAUGGAGUCCCCUCAGCUCAGCUGGAGGAUUCUGGGAAUUAUACCUGUGAGGUACAGACUCCAACCGGCAGUGUGAGCAAGAACAGCAGUGAGGUGAAUGUGCAGAUCCAAGGUUAG